AGAAAUACAAACAUGACCUAAAGCCUAUAACUAAGUAACUAACUGUAACCAACUGACAGAGGCACGUGUACAGUAAGUGAAAGUAACCACAAAAGGGUGUGAAUCUAGAAGCAUUGUUGCAGUGGAAGUGUGGUUUCUUUCACGUGAUGUCCUCCAACAACAACAACAAGCGCCGCCAUGUCCCCCCGGCACCACCGGAAACUGUUUUCCGAAUUUUAUGUCCGGCCGCCGCAAAGACCGCCGACUUACUGGGCCUCGCCGGCGAUGGAGUUAACAUUCACGUUGACGACUUCGGCGGCGGCGACGAUCGCCUCGUUACUAUUGUCGGCGCCGCCGAACAUCCCGCUUCUUGCGGCGGCGAUGAGUCGCCGGCGCGGCUUGCCUUAAUUAGGGUUUUUGAGAGAAUGGUGGAGGAGGAGAGCACGACUUCGAAUUCCGCGGUGGCGUGUACUUUGGUGGCGCCCAGCUAUCAGGUUGGAAGUAUACUCGGGAGAGGUGGCAAGUUUGCUGAGAAGAUCAGGCAAGAGAGUGGAGCUCAGGUUAGGGUUUUGCCCAAGGACCAACCUCCUCUUCCUUCUCCUGGUGAUGAGUUCAUUCAGAUAACGGGAAACUUUAAUGUUGUAAAGAAAGCGCUUCUUUCUGUUUCGAGCUGUCUCCUGGAUCAUGCGAGGAUGGAUGCUGAGAAUUCUGGUGCUUUUGUACCGUCUGGGCCUGGGAUAGGUCAUGGAAUGGCACCUCCUGCUCAGGGUGAACCUUAUCCUCAACGGGGUUACGCGCCAGGCCCUUAUGGUCCUGAUCAUCAUCCCAGAGGGUAUUCUCCUUUUCCGGGUCCUGAGAGCGCUGGACCUUCUCAUAGAAUGUUUGUCGAAGAGGAGGUUGUCUUUAAGCUAUUGUGUCAGCAAGAUAAAGUUGGUAGUCUUAUUGGGAAAGGUGGUUCGGGGGUGCGGGCUCUGCAAAAUGAAACUGGUGCAUCUAUACAAAUUGUGGAGGCUGGACCUGAUUCGGAUGAGCGAGUGAUUGUGAUAUCUACGCGAGAGAAUUCUGACCAGAAGCAUUCUCCUGCCCAAGAAGCUCUUUUUCGCGUUCAUUGUCGACUUACAGAGAUUGGAUUUGAACAAAGUAAUGCAGUUACUGCUAGGCUCCUUGUGCGUUCACCACAGGUAGGCUUCCUCUUGGGCAAAGGAGGUCAUGUUAUCUCUGAAAUGCGAAGAGCCACAGGUGCUAGUAUUCGUAUCUUUUCAAAGGAACAGAUUAAAUACAUUCCUCAAAAUGAAGAAGUUGUACAGGUUACUGGGACCUUACAAUCCGUACGAGAUGCCUUGUUUCAUAUAACCAGCAAAAUUCGAGAAAUCAUUUUCCCACUGAAGACCCCUCCUCCAAAUUUUGGUGUGCCGCCACAUUUGCCACCAUUUCCAGAGAUGCCACCUCCUCCAAAUUUUAGUGCACCGCCACAUAUGCCACCAUUUCCAGAGAUGCCACCUCCUCCGUCUAGGCCAAGAAAUCACUUGAUGUCCUCUGGCCACCCCCCUCCUCCAGUUGGGUUUCCUCAUGGGAUGGAGCAUUCAUCUGCUCCCCCAAUGCCUGUUGAUCAUCAGCAUGCAUAUUUACAUGGCAUGAAUCGUGGUCCACCUUCUCUAGCCCCACCACCCCCUCCAGCACCACCAAACAUGGAUCGAGUUCCCUAUCCUCGUGGUUAUGAAGGACCAAAUUCUCCUAGAUCAUGGAAUCCUCUGGCAGUGCAAAGAGGAAAUCCAGGAGGGACAGCUGAUACUUCUAGUUUGUCUUCAAGAACUGGGACUCCUGGAAACAAUGGAAACCCCUUACAGAAUGCUACUAGCUCGACCGUUGAGAUCACCAUCCCUCAUAUGUAUUUAAGCCACGUGUAUGGGGAGAACAAUAGUAACUUAAUUGACAUUAGACAGAUAUCUGGUGCAAACGUUGUGGUUCAUGAUCCAAAGGCUGGAGCCACCGAAGGUCUGGUCAGUGUAUCUGGAGCACCUGAUCAAAUUAACGCUGCUCAAUGCCUAAUACAAGCUUUUAUCUUAUGUGGGCAGACUACAGCUUGAGACUGCAGGGACAAAGGUUUUCUAUAAGCGGUUUUCAAGUUUAUACCUUUAAGGUCUUGUAAUUCUUGUACUAUCAUGUUAGAGAUGUUCAUAUCAAGGUUGAAAUACUACUUUGUGAAUUGUACGUUCAGCUGACAUAAAUUUAUUCAGAUUUUCCAGCGCCAAA